AUGGUCGAGGUGGUGGUGGUGGCGGCUUCCCUGAUGCUGCUCAUCACACUGUCGACACCUGGCGCGGAGUCUGGAAACGUUUCGGUGUCGGCGGCGGCGGCGAAUGAGACGGUAGUCGUCCCUUCCACGUUCCUGGAGACCCUCCUGGGCCCUGAGUCUGGCUACGACUUCAGGCUCAGGCCGAACUUCGAAGGAAAACCCGUGGUGGUGAAUUGCAGCAUGUUCUUGGAGUACAUUGGCUCAAUCGAGGAGACUACCAUGGACUACCAGCUGAACAUCUUCCUCCGUCAGAAGUGGCAUGACCCACGCAUGACGUACGAGUUGGCGCGCCCCUUCCUCGACCUGGACAACACCAUCAUCGGCUCCAUCUGGAAGCCCGACCUCUUCUUCGGCAACGAGAAGACCGCCAGCUUCCACCGUGUCACCACCGACAACAUGAUGCUACGCGUCUUCCACAGCGGAGACGUCUACUUCUCCAUCAGGCUGUCCCUGACUCUCUCCUGCCCCAUGGACCUCCACAACUUCCCCAUGGACAGCCAGAUCUGCCGCAUCUCCCUGCAAAGCUUCGGCUACACCAACGAUGACCUCAUCGUCCAGUGGCUGGACAAGAGCCCCGUGGACUUCUCCGACACGCUGAGCCUGCCCCAGUUCGAGCUCAGCCGCAACGUCCAGUUCGGAGACUGCUCCAAGAAUUACGUCAUCGGGAUCUUCUCGUGCAUCGAGGCGCGCUUCAUCCUGCGGCGUCAGAUGGGAUUCUACCUCAUUCAGCUCUACAUCCCCAGCGUGCUCAUCGUCAUCAUCUCCUGGGUCUCCUUCUGGAUCGACAUGGACGUGACGCCCGCUCGCGUGGGUCUGGGCAUCACCACGGUGCUCACCAUGACCACGCAGAGCACGGGGUCACGCUCUUCCAUGCCCAAGCUCUCCUACAUCAACGCGAUGGACGUGUGGAUGACCACGUGUCUGGUGUUCGUCUUUGCCGCUAUGCUCGAGUUUGUUCUGGUCCUCAUGACCGCUCGCAAGUUCAAGGCGCUGGCCGCCCAGAAUCUGCCCAUCUAUCCGGCGCCGCAGGAUGCUGAAGGGGAGAGGCGGCUGCGCUUGGCCCAGCAGAUCGACAACUUGGCGCGGUGGCUCUUCCCCGCCAGCUUCGCGGUCUUCAACGUCCUCUACUGGAUCCUCUUCCUCGUCGUGCUCAAGAGCGACGUGUGA